CUUCUCCAUCGUCUUCUUCGCACUCGUCUGCUUCCAGUUUCAGUUUCGUUUCGAUAGCAAUGGCUAAUCGCGAAGAUACUUCACCGGAGAUUCACUGCGUCUUCAUAGAAACAAGCCUCGACACUGGUCUUGCAUUACCCGUACAUAAAGAUGAAAUCAUCUCCGAUUUCAAAGACAAAUUACGCUAUGAGCAUAAAAGAGCUUUCCCAGAAAUUGGAGAAAUUAAUGUUUCUGCGUUGAAGGUUAAACGACGAAGAAAGUUUUAUCAUUUCGCAGAAUCUAUGAAUGUGUAUAAGGCUUUUGAUGGGGUUGGUAGAAACUGGUUUAUCUAUGUUGAUGCUGUAAGAGUUGAGAAGAGUGAGGUUCUGGCUAUAAUGGAUGCUGAUGAACAUCGUUCAAAUCUUGAGAUGGUUGAGAAGAAGAAGGAGAUUGCAAUUGUAGAUGGUAUGCAUACUAAGGAUUUGAUUCUUGAAGAAGGCUUAGAAACCGAAGUAGUUGAGAGUAAGACGAGGAAGAGGAAGAUUAGAAGUUCGGAUGGGAAAACUAGUCGAAAGAAAUCCAAGGUUGAUCUCAGUCAAUCUGUUGUUGAUACAACGGAGUUAUGUGGAAAACUACAGGUUGAAGUUGCCUCUAAAUCUUGUGUAGUUUCACCAAGAGAAAAGAUUGAUGAUAUUCUUAUGGGAACAGACAUUGAAAGCGGCGAGAGAAAUGGCGUUAGUAUGGGAGAGAAUCCGCAAACUUCUGAUGCAGACAGAGUAUUGGAAGAGAAAAAUCCCACUGUUAACUCAGAGCUUGUAGAUGGGCAUACCAUGGGUGAGGGGAAGGAUGUGCCAGACAAUCAAACUGAUAAAGAAGCUCUAGAAAAGAUAGAUGAUCUUACAGGAAUAACAGAACAAGUAGAUCUUGAAAAGGGAGGAAAAACUGCUGAUAUAGUCAUGAUUGACCAAGAGAAGGAUCUUCCACCUCCUUCAGAACUUGUAGAUGGACAGAAUACAUCACAAGAUGAUGAAAGAGGCGAGGGAAGCAGAUUGACUCCUAAUCCUCAAACUGCUGAGUUGGUGACUAACACGGAAAACCAGUUGGAAGCUAGCAGUGGUUUGACAACUGGUCCAGCUACAGAGAAGAAGAGAAAGCGAACAAAGAGCUCGAAAGAUCAAAUCAAUCAAUCUACUGCUGCCGCUACUACAGUUUCAAGAAAAAUUGUGAAUGAGAUAACCGAAGUACCUGGAAAUGCAGAUUGUGUUGAUGCUACUUCAAAAUCUUGUCCAAUCUCAGAAAGUGAGAUUAUUGCAAACCCUCUCAUAGAAGCAGUACAGAAAGAAAUUGAGAUGGGUGGGAAAUCUGUCGAAGAUGUGGGUAGAGAUGAUAUUCAAACUGAUGAUCAAGCAACCCACCCGGAAAGUCAUUUGGAGGCAAACAGUGGGUUGGCAACCGGUCCAGUUCUAGAGAAGAAGAAAAAACGAAAGAAGAGCUCAAAAGAUCACAACAAUGAACCUGCUGCUGCUGCUGCCACCACUACUGCUACUGAAACUACAGCUUCAAGAGAAAUUGUGAACGUAAUAAAUGGACUACCUGGACAUGUAGCGUGUGUUGAUGCGACUUCUGAAUCUCAUCUUAUCUUGAGAAGUGGAAAUCUUGGCAAAGAAAAUGAGAUGGGUGAGAAGAUUAAUGAAGAUGUGGGAAGUGGGAAAGUUGUACCAAGUUCUGUAGAUAAUAUUCAGACCGAUAAUUUGGUGAGCAACCCAGAAAGUCAGUUAGAGGUUAGCAGUGGUUUGGCAACAAGUCUAGCUACAGAGAAGAAGAAAAAGCAAAAGAAGUCGUCCUCAAAGGAUCACAACAAUAAAUCUACGGCUGCUACUGCAGCAUCAAAGAAAAUUGUGAAUGAACAGGAGAAGGUAUCUGUAAGUAUACAUCAAGUUGAUGCUACUUCGGAAUCUAUUCCUGACUCGACAGGAGAAAAGCUUGCCAGUACUCUUGUAGACGCAAUACAAAAUGAAAAUGAAAUGGGUGACAAAUUUAUCGACAAGGUGGGAAGUAGAGAAGCCACACCUAUCAAUGCAGAUAAAAUACAAGAUGCAAAUAAUCUACAAGUUGCUAGUUUGGCAAGCACCCCGACUGCUUUGGUCCAUGAAUCCAAAACGCUGAACCGCAUUGGGAAAUUCACGAAUGAAAACGCAUCCUGUGAACAUGCCGUUUCUCAGGAAAAAGUUGAAAUAGAUGCUGGUCAGGUUAAAUCAGUGAAGUCCUCUAAAAAGAAGAGUUCAAAAAAAGUCAAGACCCUAGCUAAAGAAGAUACUCUUGUAGAUUCUGCUGCACAGAAUAUUGAACCUGUCAAAAUUGUAGAUGGAGAGGGGCCUGACGUUGUUAUCAGAAAUGUAUUAGAUUCUUUGCAGCAAAGGAACGAAGGUGAGGAAAAUCUAGACAAAAGUGGGAAGAAAUCAAGCAAGAAAUUGAAGAAGAAAGACUCUUUGAAUAUUGUGGUGGAGGCUCAAGUAGUAGAUUCUUUGCAGCAAAAGAACGAAGCUGCGGAAAAUCCUGAAAAAAGUGGGAAGAAAUCAAGCAAAAGAUCAAAGAAGAAAGACUCUUUGAACAUUGCGGAGGAGGCCCAAGUAUGGUCAGUUGAGGUAAACAAUUCUGCUCACGACGAGGUUUCUCCCAUCAACAACCCAAAAGACACUGAUGCAUCAUUCACGCCAGCUAAGAAGAAUACUGAGAGCAAUGCUUCACAUUUGAAUAAGAUCAUUGAGGUCGCUGUUAAUACUGAGGAUAUCAACCAUUCCAUACAAACUCAAAAACAGAAUGCUGAUAUGGGAGAUAAUUUUGGUUCUAGCCAAAAGGACAAUAUUGUUGGUGGUGGUAACAAGCAAGAUAAAGUGGCUGGUGGAGCUAAAUCUAAAAAGGAGAAGAAAAGCCUUGAUUUGCAUCCUGGUGGUUCCAUUGAUGGUGCAAUGAAACCGAAAGAGAGGAAAGGUAGAAUUCAACCAUCUAGUUCGGUUACUAGUCAAUUGCAGUCAAGGGAUAAGAAUGAUCACAGUGGAUCAAAGAUUGAUCAUUCUGAUGCACCCCUGAAAGGCACAGUUAACAACAAAAAGGAAGCUACGAAGAAACUCUCUAACCCAACCACAGCGAAGAAGAGUAAGAUGAAUGUCAACAACAAGAAAGAAGCUGUAAAGAAAAGCUCUACCUCAGUCACAGCGAACAAGAGUAAGCUGAAUUUCUUCAAAGAUGCUGAGAAGUGGAAUGCUUCAGAAGAUGAAUCUAAGACAACUUCGCAUGACUCUACUAAAACACCAUCAAAUAGUUCAUCCGACAAUGAUAGUGAUGUAACUUCUUCUAUGUAUUAUAGGAAGCAAGAGAACAAUCUGGUUGGAGGAACGAAUACGUUUUCGGGGAGCCUGCAAGAUAUCCUAAGAAGCUCGAAAAGUUACAAGGUGGCGAAACUUACAGCUUCUCAAUCACAACCCGAUGAAUUUGUCCCAGAUAUCGUCCCAGAUAGCCAAGCCUACUAAGUUUUAAUCUACAUACAUCCUUUUGGAUCCAAUUUUGACCAAAACCUGAAACAAAUAUGCUUAAAUCUUCCAAUCACGGUUUUGCUUGUUCUUAGUAAUAUCGGUACAAUGCUUCUUCUCUGACAUUUUAUGUUGAUCAGUAAAGUUAAAAUAUAUUUGUGCU